CGGGCCGCGGUCUGUCAUGGAGACGCUGGAUCGGGGGCGGCGGGCGGCGGGAGCGUCCGCUUGAAAGCGGCGGCCCCGCGGGAAGAUCUGUCAAGGAGAGGCGGUGAUUGGUCUGGACCUCGCUCACGGACUCCAUGUUGUCCCGUCUAGGUGAAACCGACCCGAGAGAAAUUUGGGGGCUUGCUGUUGAGCGGUUGUGCUGCCGGGAGGUUCGUGCUCGUGACUGAAAGAAAAGAAGCAGGCGUGCAUCUGCCCGCAGCUGGAGAGGUGCAGGCUAGAUGGAUCUAAAGACAGCGGUGUUCAAUGCAGCUCGUGAAGGCAAGCUGCGGCUCCUUUCCAAGUUACUGGCAAGCAAAACAAAAGAAGAGGUGGCCUUACUGAUGUCAGAAAAAACCGAUGGUGCCACACCACUUCUGGUGGCUGCCCGUUAUGGUCACCUUGACAUGGUGGAGUACUUGUUGGACCAUUGCUCUGCAUCCAUAGAAGUUGGCGGUUCGGUGAGUUUUGACGGUGAGACCAUUGAGGGAGCUCCACCGCUCUGGGCAGCGUCCGCUGCCGGCCACUUGAACGUGGUUCAGUCCCUGUUGGAUCGUGGUGCUUCUGUCAACAACACAACCCUGACAAAUUCAACGCCCCUCAGAGCUGCCUGUUUCGAUGGCCACCUGGAGAUAGUAAAGUACCUUGUGGAGCACAAAGCAGACCUGGAAGUAUCAAACCGCCAUGGGCACACGUGCUUGAUGAUUUCCUGUUAUAAAGGCCACAAAGAAAUUGCUCAGUAUUUACUUGAAAAAGGAGCUGAUGUUAACAGAAAAAGUGUUAAAGAAAAGCUCUCAUAAUCUAAAGAUGCUCCCAAGUUGCUUGUUAACAAGGAGAUCAGAAGCAGAUCUGGGUUUUCUUGUGAGAAGUUUGACUGCUGGUCGGUUGAGGAGGAACCUUCCAUAUUUUGGCUGCAUGAAGUUUCCUGUUUGUCUGUAUUGGGAAUUCUGCAAAUGAUCUGUAGUUAAGAGGCAGUGCUCUUUCGCCGUGUUAAGAAUAUUCUUGUAGUUUCUUGAAUACAUCUUUCACUGGUGAAUUUCUUUUAGUUGGUCAAUACAGAGAGGAAAAUGGCUAGUGAUGCACUUGAAGUGAUAGCUGUCUUUGCUGUACCUUGUGAUUACUGAUUUGGAUUCUCUUGGUGAUAGGUCUGGAGUUGUGUUUAUUGGAAUUGGGUUUUAUAUUUGAAUCAAGUAUUUUGUGUAAUUAUUUUGCCCUCUGACUGUUUUUAAGCAAAUCUUGUAGUUGGAACUCCAGACAAAACAUGUAGAUCUUGCAUUGCAAGGAUCAGUUAUACGUGCUCUGAUACUCUGCAUUAUUCUUUAUUUCCCCCGUCCAGGCCUGGUGCAAUAAUAUAAAUUCAUUUGCUUGUUUGAAAGUAACAAGUUAAACACACGAGCUAAGCACACAAUUGCAGUCUGCUUUAGUUCUGCUAUAGUAAUGGGAGGGAAUAGUGUAGUGUUAUCUUUGCGUUUUCAGAGUACAACUAAAAAUCUUGCUCUCCCUAGGUUGUUCUAGCCAUAGCGCAGAAUUUGAUUGGGAUGACCUUAUAAAAUAACAUGAAGGAUGAGUAUUGUUUACUUGGCUUGCUUAUUUUGAAAGCUAUGGAAGUAUGCAGAUGUCAGUCACUACAAGUUCUUUAUCAAGAGUAUUCAAACAGUAGUACUCUAUUUCAGUUCCAUUUUUUUGUGUGGGAGCUUGGAAAGUGUAAUGCUCAAAACUGUUGGGAAUGGAAAAAUCUUUAAUUAUUGUUUUAGCUGUUUUAUUUCUCCUUGUUUUGGCUGAGCGCUGCAUUUUUGGGUAUUCUGUGUAUGAUGCGAUGUGAACCUCAGCGGAAAUGACUGUGAAUAAAAUAAGGAAGAUACAAUUCAAAGAAAUAAAUCAUCAGUUCCAACUAAAGAGGAGAUUAUAGUGAAAUUAAAUGGUUAACAACUGCUUUGUAUUGUUAAUCUUGACAAUAGAAGUUAUCCUGAAAUACAUUUGUGAGCAAGGGACGCAGUUAUUCUUGUUACAGAAUAUCAAGAUUCCACUAAAACUUAUUAAGCUUUCUUUGCAGUUCUUUGCAAUUUGAUUUCUUUUUACAAGGAAGACCUACCUGGAGCAUUUCUUUGUUACGCAUACUGUGUGUAAAUAAUGUGAAAGUUUUCUUACCUUAUGUUACCGUAUGUUAC